AUGCCUGUGUCUCUUUACUAUACCGAAAUAAAAACUCUUUGGGAUCAAUAUGACUCCCUGGUUGCUUCUACGGAAGCAUGUAUCUGUUGUGCUGGCAAGCACAUGCUUGAAAGACUCGAAAGAGAACGUGCCAUGGAGUUUCUGCAGGGAUUACACGACAGGUUUUCCAACCUUCGUAGUCAGAUACUCACUAUGGAUCCCUUUCCAAGUGCACUUCGUAUCUUCAAUCUUGUUCAGCAGGAGGAGGAACAGCAGCAUAUAACCCAUACUCCUCUGCCAACUGUUGAUGCUGCUGCUCUUGCUUCAACUCGAAAUUUCCAGUCCAGCUAUCGUCCGCCAUCCAAUCAGAACAAGCGUCAGCAUCCCUUUUGCGACUAUUGUAACAGACUAGGCCAUGUUCGAGACAAGUGCUACAGGCUCCAUGGUUUUCCUCCUGCCAACAGUUCUCCACAGCAGCCUUUGGCUAAUGCAAAUCUGCACAUGACUGCUGCUGCUGUAGCUCUGUCACCUGACACAUCUGCUGCACCACACGCUCUUCCCUCCCUGUCUGCUGAUCAGUAUGCUCACCUUUUGGCCUUGAUCAACCCUGCACCAGACUCUGCACAACCUGAUGCCCGUGCCAAUUUUGCAGGUAACAUUCUAUCCACCUCCAUUGUUGACCCAUGGUUUGUGGAAAGUGGUGCAACACACCACAUCUGCAACUCACUGCAUUACUUUACAUCUUACAUACCUGUUCAAUCAUCCAUUCUCAUGCAACUCACGGAUGGCUCAUUCUCCGUGGUUAAGCAUAUUGGCGAGGACCGUGUAACGAAAGCAGUGAUUGGUCGGGCUGAUUUUAUCUCUGGCUUGUAUCAUCUCCAAGCUCAUUGGUAA